AUGACACAGAGGCACCACGCACCACCAACAUGCCACAGAGGGACCACGCAGCACAAACAUGUCACAGAGGCACCACGCACCACCAACAUGUCACAGAAGAACCACGCACCACCAAACUGUCACAGAGGCACCACGUACCACGAACAUUUCACAGAGGCACCACGCACCACCAACAUGUCACAGAGGGACCACGCACCACCAACAUGUCACAGAGGCACCACGCACCACCAACAUGUCACAGAGGGACCACGCACCACCAACAUGCCACAGAGGGACCACGCACAACCUACAUGUCACAGAGGAACCACGCAUCACCAACAUGACAUACAGGGACCACGCACCACCAACAUGUCACAGAGGGACCACGCACCACCAACCUGUCACAGAGGAAUCAUGCACCACCAAUAUGUCACAGAGGGACCAUGCACCACCAACCUGUCACAGAGGAACCACGCACCACCAACAUGUCACAGAGGGACCACGCACCACCAACAUGCCACAGAGGGACCACGCACAACCUACAUGCCACAGAGGGACCACGCACCACCAACAUGUCACAGAGGGACCACGCACCACCAACAUGUUACAGAGGGACCACGCACCACCAACAUGUUACAGAGGGACCACGCACCACCUACAUGUCACAGAGGAACCACGCACCACCAACAUGUCACAUAG